GAUUGAGAGCCGGACGCAUUCUUCGCAGGGGUCCGGGUCGGCGAGGUGGAGGGCGCGCGCUGGCUCGUGGCUCGUGGCUCGCGGCACGCGCGGGUCCCUGUCGCUUUAAGGCGAUGCACUUGCAGCCAUUUUCUGCUCUCUUUUGUGCUGCGGAGGAGAGCGGAGCAUCACUGGGACAGCGACAGAGGUAGAGCCCCUCCGAGACGGGUUUCGCUGGACCUGUCUCCAGGUGCACCCUUCCUGGGACAUGCGAGUUGCAGACCGAGCUGUCCUGAGACUGAACAAGCAUUGCCAUGACUACUCACGUGACUCUGGAGGAUGCCUUGUCCAAUGUGGACCUCCUGGAGGAGCUCCCAUUGCCAGACCAGCAGCCAUGCAUCGAACCCCCACCAUCUUCUAUAAUGUAUCAGGCCAAUUUUGACACCAACUUUGAGGACAGGAAUGCAUUCGUCACGGGGAUUGCGCGCUACAUUGAGCAAGCCACAGAUCACUCAAGCAUGAAUGAGAUGCUGGAGGAGGGACAUGAAUAUGCUGUUAUGCUUUAUACAUGGCGAAGCUGCUCCAGGGCUAUCCCUCAGGUGAAAUGUAAUGAACAGCCCAACAGGGUAGAAAUCUACGAGAAAACUGUGGAGGUUCUGGAACCUGAGGUCAACAAACUUAUGAAAUUUAUGUACUUCCAGCGAAAGGCCAUUGAACGUUUCUGCAGUGAGGUUAAACGUCUGUGUCAUGCUGAGCGAAGGAAGGACUUUGUGUCAGAGGCAUACUUGCUCACGCUGGGAAAAUUCAUCAACAUGUUUGCUGUGCUGGAUGAGCUGAAGAACAUGAAGUGCAGCGUGAAGAAUGACCACUCAGCUUACAAGAGGGCUGCCCAGUUCCUGAGAAAGAUGGCAGAUCCACAGUCUAUCCAGGAGUCUCAAAAUCUGUCUAUGUUCCUGGCCAACCACAACAGGAUAACUCAGUGUUUGCAUCAGCAGCUCGAGGUUAUUCCAGGCUACGAAGAGCUUCUUGCUGACAUUGUCAAUAUCUGCGUGGACUACUAUGAGAACAAGAUGUACCUGACACCCAGUGAGAAGCACAUGCUGCUGAAGGUGAUGGGCUUUGGCCUCUACCUGAUGGAUGGGAAUGUGAGCAACAUCUACAAGCUGGAUGCCAAGAAGAGGAUAAAUCUGAGCAAGAUUGACAAGUUCUUCAAACAGCUCCAAGUUGUGCCCCUGUUCGGCGACAUGCAAAUCGAGCUGUCCCGCUACAUUGAGACCAGCACACACUACGAGGAGAACAAGUCCAGGUGGACAUGCACUCAAAGCAGUGUUAGCCCUCAGUACAACCUUUGCGAGCAGAUGGUGCAGAUCCGGGAGGACCACAUCCGUUUCAUUUCUGAAUUGGCUCGCUAUAGCAACAGCGAGGUGGUAACAGGUUCGGGGCUGGACAGUCAGAAGUCAGAUGAGGAGUACCGUGAACUGUUUGAGCUGUCGCUCAGGGGCCUGCAUCUGUUGUCUAAGUGGAGCUCACAUGUAAUGGAAGUGUACUCCUGGAAACUGGUACACCCCACUGACAAGUUCUGCAACAAGGACUGCCCUGGAACUGCGGAGGAGUAUGAAAGAGCCACGCGCUACAACUACACGAGUGAGGAGAAAUUUGCCCUAGUGGAAGUGAUCGCCAUGAUCAAAGGCCUGCAGGUCUUGAUGGGCCGCAUGGAAAGUGUGUUCAACCAGGCCAUCCGGAACACCAUCUAUGCCGCACUGCAGGACUUUUCGCAGGUGACACUGCGGGAGCCACUGCGGCAGGCUGUGCGCAAGAAGAAGAAUGUGCUGAUCAGUGUCCUUCAGGCAACUCGGAAAACCAUUUGUGACUGGGAAGGGGGGAGAGAACCAUCCAAUGACCCUUGCCUCCGAGGGGAAAAGGACCCUAAGGGAGGGUUUGACAUUAAAGUGCCUAGGCGUGCUGUAGGUCCCUCUAGCACCCAGUUGUAUAUGGUACGCACCAUGUUGGAGUCUCUGAUUGCUGACAAGAGUGGUUCCAAGAAGACACUGCGCAGCAGCCUGGAUGGACCCAUUGUCUUGGCCAUUGAGGAAUUCCACAAGCAGUCCUUUUUCUUUACCCACCUGCUCAACUUUAGUGACUCUCUGCAGCAGUGCUGUGACCUGUCCCAACUCUGGUUUCGUGAAUUCUUUCUGGAGCUCACCAUGGGUCGCAGGAUCCAGUUCCCCAUUGAGAUGUCCAUGCCGUGGAUCCUCACUGACCACAUCUUGGAGACCAAAGAGCCCUCCAUGAUGGAGUAUGUGCUGUAUCCAUUGGAUCUGUACAAUGACAGUGGUUACUACGCAUUGACCAAAUUCAAAAAGCAGUUUCUGUAUGAUGAAAUUGAAGCUGAGGUGAAUCUGUGCUUUGACCAGUUUGUCUACAAGUUAGCGGAUCAGAUAUUUGCUUACUACAAAGCCAUGGCAGGGAGUGUACUUCUUGACAAGCGCUUUCGGGCGGAGUGCAAGAACUAUGGUGUCAUUAUCCCUUACCCACCUUCCAACCGCUAUGAGACACUGCUGAAACAGAGGCAUGUGCAGCUCCUGGGUCGCUCUAUUGACUUGAACCGUCUCAUCACUCAGAGGAUCUCAGCUGCCAUGUACAAAUCCCUGGAUCAUGCCAUUAGUCGGUUUGAGAGUGAAGAUUUAACCUCCAUUGUGGAACUGGAGUGGCUCCUAGAGGUAAACCGGCUGACACACCGGCUGCUCUCAAAACACAUGACACUGGACAGCUUUGAUGCCAUGUUCCGUGAGGCUAACCACAACGUCUCGGCACCCUACGGUCGCAUCACCCUGCAUGUGUUUUGGGAACUGAACUUUGACUUCCUGCCCAACUACUGUUACAACGGCUCCACUAACAGAUUUGUUCGGACAGCCAUUCCCUUCACUCAGGAACCACAGAGGGACAAACCAACCAAUGUUCAGCCUUAUUACUUGUAUGGAUCUAAGCCUCUGAACAUUGCAUACUCCCACAUCUACAGCUCCUACAGGAACUUUGUUGGCCCCCCACAUUUCAAAACCAUCUGCCGUCUUCUGGGUUACCAGGGCAUUGCCGUGGUGAUGGAGGAACUGCUAAAAAUAGUGAAAAGCCUGCUUCAAGGCACAAUCCUGCAAUAUGUGAAAACUCUCAUAGAGGUCAUGCCCAAGAUUUGUCGACUUCCACGACAUGAAUAUGGGUCCCCAGGCAUCCUCGAGUUCUUCCACCACCAGCUGAAGGACAUCAUUGAGUAUGCUGAGCUAAAGACAGAUGUUUUCCAGAGCCUGAGGGAAGUGGGAAACACGAUUCUCUUCUGCCUGCUCAUUGAGCAAGCACUGGUGUCCCAGGAAGAAGUAUGUGACCUCCUUCAUGCAGCUCCUUUCCAAAACAUCCUACCCAGGGUGUACAUCAAAGAGGGAGAACGUCUCGAGGUGAGGAUGAAGAGGUUGGAGGCAAAGUACGCACCUCUUCACUUAGUGCCUUUGAUUGAGAGGCUGGGAACCCCACAGCAAAUUGCCAUUGCCCGUGAAGGGGACCUGCUCACAAAGGAACGGCUGUGCUGUGGUCUGUCCAUGUUUGAGGUGAUCCUGACGCGAAUCCGAAGCUACCUGCAGGACCCGGUGUGGCGCGGGCCGCCCCCAACCAAUGGUGUUAUGCAUGUGGAUGAGUGCAUGGAGUUUCACCGCCUCUGGAGUGCCAUGCAGUUUGUCUACUGCAUUCCUGUGGGCACCAAUGAGUUCACCGCAGAGCAGUGCUUUGGAGACGGGCUAAACUGGGCCGGAUGUUCCAUUGUGGUUCUGCUGGGCCAGCAGCGCCGAUUUGACCUGUUUGACUUCUGCUACCAUUUACUGAAGGUGCAGAGGCAGGAUGGCAAAGAUGAGACCAUAAAGAAUGUGCCCUUGAAGAAGAUGGCAGACCGGAUCAGGAAGUACCAGAUCUUGAACAAUGAGAUUUUUGCCAUCCUCAACAAGUACAUGAAGGCAGUUGAGACGGACAGUUCGACAGUAGAACAUGUCCGCUGCUUCCAACCCCCAAUACACCAAUCCCUGGCCACCACCUGUUGAAACCCCUACCCCACAGGCUUUCCUGAAGUCUAUUGCUACAAAACCAACCCUCCACUUUAGUUCAGUUCAGACUUUUUUUUUUUUUAAGUUUUAUAGGUGAGGGACUGACUUCCUGUAGAUUCCUUUUGCUGCUCUGUUCAUACGGGAGAUAGUAGUAGCCAAGAAUGAUGCAAAAACGGAACAGUGGAGAAGAGGUCUAACAUUUCUUCUGUUCAUAUGGCAACUGACAGAACCACUUCCCCAGACCUUAAAAAACUGUCUCCCAUAUGAAGAAGGAAUGUUAGAGCCCUUCUUCUCUGUUCUGUUUUUGCAUCAUUGUUGGCUAGAGGGCAUGUUGCCUUUUUUAAAGACAGUAAGAGGAAUACACUCCCCCCCCAAAAAAAAAAAAAGUUCUGUUGAUCACUGUGGAUUCAGCAUGCAGAAGUUGAAUGACAGGAAGUUUUGUGAAAAGAUAAAAUGCAUCUUUAGACAGCUUCAGGAAAUAGAUGAAUAUAAAUGGAUUUGACAAUAUGAAGAAAAAAAAUAAUGUAAUAUAUAAAUUUUGGUUUCUUAACUGCAUAUUUUCUUCAUGUUUUAGACACUGUAAUGUAUAUGCCAUCUUUGUUUCCUCAGUCAGAAUAGCAGCUUCUUGUAAAUAUUCUAUUAAAGUCAUUAAUGUUACAGUAUAAUAAUGUAUUUUAUGACUUAGCAGCAGUCUGACAAAUUGAAAUGAAAUUAAUUUACCUCAAUGGUCUGACUUCAGCAGUGAAAUUUGGUACGUUGCCUUGUCAAGAUUAUUCUUAUAAGAUUAUGAUGAUUAUUGUUAUAGCUGCAAUGAAUCGGUGUCUUGUCCAGGGUGUACUCUUUUUAGCCUUACACCAUAUGCUUUUGGGGAUAGGCUUUGGACUGUUGCAACCCUGACAGAGUGGUUAAGGAGAGUGAGUGAGUGAGUGAGUGACCCCUGUUAUAAAAUACUUUUCGUUAAAGGUACUCUACUUAGAAUUUUUACCCAUGUAUAAGGGUGGAUGCUUCACAAAAGUUAGAGCUAAGUAGCUUGUUCAAAGCAUUUUGCUGCAGGACCUGUAGAGUUUUAUUGGCAGUCUUCAAGUCAGAAAUUAUUGUUAAGCCCCAUUUCGAUAAGCAAAGUGGCAGCUAAAUAAAUAACAAUAAUAAAACCCUGCAAUACCCAUGUGUUCUCUUCAGCUGUUGUGCCAGAGUUCUGAAAAGCUUCAAGUGAGAGCAAACCUGCCUUGAAAUAGCAAGAAGGAAUUUCAGUAAAAUGGCUAGGCUUCUGAACCACUCCUUGUGUGAGUCAGAGACCAUGGUCCUUUGGACUGGAAUGAUGGAACUCUGGAACCUGCUCUAGUAUUUAAAAAGACUGGUGCAAGUGUUUUAAUUCUGUAAUCAAAAAUAUGUCACCAAAACAAAAAAGGUGCUGUUGACAAAGAACAGCUGCUAUACAUGGUAACUGGAUACAAUAGAUGCUUCUCUGCAAGAAACUGAUGAAAUUUUGAACUAGAGUAUUUUAAGCAUUUGUGUUUAGUUCUCCAAUUUCAUAUAUUUUAGGAUUUCACUUCAGUCAAAUGUGCAAGGAACUGUCAAGCAAUGGGAACAUUUGAGUGUGUUUUAUACUAAUUGACUAUAUCCACUAUAUCUUGUUCAUUUGUGUUUUUUGCGGUUGGAUUUUUAAUUUAGUUAGCAAAGUUUUAUGUUCCAUACAAAUGCAAAAUAGUGGCAUUGUUACCCAUUUUAAGACUAAAACCAUUUUCCUCAGAUUAAGAUGGAGCCACACUUCCUCACAGUGAAAAUUAAAACAUAUAUAUUCCAUUUCAUUUUGUUUGGUUAAGUUGUUAUAAAGAGCUGUCUUUGCAGGGAUAUGAGUAAUUCAGAACUAUGAAAGACAAAUUCCAUCAUGGGUUCCUCUAUUCAUGUUAUGAUAUUAACAUUACCCCCUUCAUUGUCACCCUUUUAUUCUGAUGGAGGGAAAGUCUUUGAAAUGAGCCAUGUCAGUAUUAAGUAUUGUUUACUUUAUCAAAACAAAGGUACAUUUUUUUAAUUUAUAUUAUAUUGAAAGACACAUUCUAAGAAUAAAACAUCUUUGCAAUAAAAAAAAAAUG